AUGGGGGAGGAGGACACCGACGAGAUGUCCGAUGCCUCGCCGCCCGCGCCGUGGGAGCACGGCGUCGACGAGCGGUUCGCGGCGGAGUCGCUCGGCCCGUUCGGCGAAGAGGCGUACUCCGUCAACGACGAAGAGGUAUCGGACACGGAGAUGAGCGCGGGUUCCCCGGCGGCCCCCUCGGAGCCCUCCCCGCCGCUGCGGAGGCGCCUGGCGCCGGUAGUGGCGUCGGACGUGCCGAAGGAGGUGGUGUGCGCCGUGGACGCGGUGAUCAUGGGCGGCGGGGUCGAACGCCUCCGUGAGAUGGUCUCGGAGGAGAACGGCGAGGUCUCGCAUUUCAUCGUGGACGUGCUGAUGGUCACGAUGGGCGGCGUGGACGGCCUCGACGAGGGCGCGGGCGUUGGCAUCGGUGCGGCCACCGGGUUGCCGCCCAGCAUCAUGUCCAGCUCGCGCGCGGCCGCGAUAGCGGCCGAGCUCGUGCCCUACCUUCCCUGCGGCGUCGAGCCGUCGCCGCGCACCCGCAUGGCCCGUGGCCUCCUAGCCACCCUCAGCGCCUGCACCCGCAACCGCACCAUGUGCUCCGCUUCGGGCCUCCUCGCGGUCCUCCUCGACGUCGCAGAGAAGCUGUUCGUCGGAAUGGGUCAGGGCAGCAACUGGGACGGGACGCCGCUUGUGCAGUGUAUUCAGGUGCUGGGUGGGCACUCGGUCAGUGUCAGGGAUUUGCAUACCUGGCUCCUUUUGAUCAAGAAAGCGCUUGGCACGCGGUGGGCCACGCCGCUGACUCUCGCAUUGGAGAAUGCCGUGGCUAGCGAGGAGGCUAAAGGCCCGGCAGUGACGUUUGAGUUCAACGGUGAGACCUCGGGCUUGCUCGGCCCCGGGGAUAACCGGUGGCCAUUCUCCAACGGUUUUGGGUUUGCCACAUGGAUGUACGUUGAAUGCUUCUCAGGCUCACUCAAUACAGCUAUGGCAACUGCGGCUGUUGCAGCGGCUCAAGCAUCAACAUCUGGGAACUCAUCACCUUCUGCGGAGGCAGCUGCUGGCUGCACGCUUGUGGGAGAAGGAACAAAGCACAUGCCCCAGCUUUUUAGUUUCCUCACUUCGGAUAACCAUGGCAUUGAGGCCUAUUUCAAUGGCCAGUUUCUAGUAGUGGAGAGUGUGGCUGGGAAGGGGAAGGAGGCUUCUCUCCAAUUCACUUAUGAAUUCAAACCACAGUGCUGGUACUUUGUUGGGCUGGAGCAUUCAAGCAAGCAGGCUUUGCUUGGGAAGGCCGAGAGUGAAUUGCGGUUGUAUGUGGACGGGGAGCUUCAGGAAAGCUGUUCAUUUGAGCCUCCGCGCAUCGUGAAACCACUGGCUUUUUGCUGCAUCGGGACCAACCCAUCACCAACUAUCGCGGGCCUUCAAAGGCAGCAAUGUCCAUUGUUUGCAGAGAUGGGACCUAUCUAUAUCUUUACGGAGCCUAUUGGGCCAGAGAGAAUGAGUCGACUAGCUUCCAGGGGAGGAGAUGCACUUCCCAGCUUCGGCAAUGGCGCUGGUUUUCCUUGGAAAGCUACAAGUAAUCACAUAAGGGAAACUGCAGAAGAUAGUUAUACACUUGACAUUGAGAUUGGUGGAAGCUUACAUCUUCUUUAUCAUCCCAGCCUGCUCAAUGGCCGGUUUUGUUCUGAUGCUUCACCUUCUGGCUCGACAGGUACUCACCGAAGGCCUGCAGAAGUUCUUGGCAUGGUUCAUGUUUCUUAUCGUGUGCGGCCAGCUGAAUCUUUAUGGGCUUUGGCUUAUGGAGGUCCAAUGGCAUUACUACCACUGAUUGUGAGCAAUGUCGAGAUGGAUAACCUGGAACCUAUACUCGGCGAUUUGUCACUGUCUCUUGCUACCGCGUCUCUUUCUGUCCCUAUUUUCAGGAUCAUUUCCUUGGCUGUUCAACAUCCUGGAAACAAAGAAGAGUUAUGCCAUACUCAUGGACCAGAGCUUCUAUCACAAGUUUUACAUUAUCUGUUGGACACACUGUCCAAACUGGAAAGUGGGAAGAAAGAGAUUCUGAGUGACGAGGAGCUUGUUACUGCAAUCGUAUCUUUGUGUCAGUCUCAAAGAAAUGAUCAUGGUCAAAAGGUGCAGCUCUUCAGCACUUUGCUGUUGGACCUGAAGAUGUGGAGUUCUUGCAACUAUAUUUUGCAGAAAAAGCUUCUCUCUUCACUUGCAGACAUGGUUUUUGCAGAAUCUACUUGUAUGCGUGAUGCAAACGCACUGCAAAUGCUUCUUGAUGGAUGCAGAAGGUGUUAUUGGGUAAUUCAUGAAGCAGAUUCAAUUGAUACCUUCACACUUACUGGACAUGAGAGACCUUUAGGAAAUGUGAAUGCUCUGGUCGAUGAGCUUUUGGUUGUUAUUGAACUGUUAAUAGGGGCAGCACCUUCUACACUGGCUUCUGAUGAUGUUCGUUGUUUGAUUGGAUUUGUCGUUGACUGCCCACAACCUAACCAGGUUGCUAGGGUGUUGCUUCUCAUCUACAGAUUGAUUGUGCAUCCAAACACUUCCAGAGCUAACAUGUUUGCUCAGUCCUUCAUUUCUCGUGGAGUAGUAGAAGCAUUACUUGUUCUUUUGCAGAGGGAGGCUAAAUCUGGUGAUAACAUUAUUCUUCACAGCUGUAAUGUGCCACAAAAUGCUGAUUCGUGGAAUGGAUCUUCUAAGCUUACUAAUAAGGAUUUGGAAUUAUCAGCUAGUGGUGAAGCAAAUAGAAAGGAUCAUCAGAUUCAAUCAGUGCAGCAUCAUGAACCAACCUCCCAUGAAAUUGGUACUCGACUUGGGUCUACUAGCAAAUGGUGCCUAUUAAAGGGUCAGUUCCUAAAGAAUUUGGGUGGCAUAGAUGUCCCAAAUAUCUCUGACAAUGUCGAAAAUAGCGUAUACAAUAUCGAUAAUGGUGAUGGAGUUCUUGUUGGGAUAGUCCAUGUUUUGGGUGCUUUAGUUGCAUCAGGCCACCUGACUUCUACCUCAUCUACUGUGAGACCGAAGUUACCAAGUGGUUUUCUGACUACGUCUAAUGGAGAAGGACAUACCAUGUUUGAAGACAGGGUAUCUUUACUGCUAUUUGCGUUACAGAAAGCUUUCCAAGCAGCCCCAAGGAGGCUUAUGACCAGAAAUGUCUACAGGGCGUUAAUUUCUUCAGUGAUUGAUGUUUCUUCAUCAAAAGAUAACCUAAAAAACUUGCAUGUUUCUGGUUGCUGUUUUAAACACACUCCACUUUUGAUAGUCCUACUCCGUUCUCUUCCAUAUGCAUCAAGGGCAUUCCAAGCUCGUGCCAUUCAGGAUCUUCUAUAUCUGGUUUGUAGCCAUCCCAAGAAUAGAAGUACGAUGACUUCCAUCAGCGAAUGGCCUGAAUGGAUAUUGGAAAUUUUGGUUUCUAAUCAUGAGAUUGGAGACAACAAAAAUUCAGAUGGUGUAAGCAUAUGUGAGGUUGAAGAUCUCAUACACAAUUUUCUAGUUGUUAUGUUUGAGCAUUCAAUGCGACAAAAAGAUGGGUGGAAGGAUGUAGAGGCGGCAAUACAUUGUGCAGAAUGGCUUUCAAUGGUUGGAGGAUCUAGCACCGGCGACCAAAGAAUUAGGCGUGAAGAAUCAUUACCAAUUUUCAAAAGGAGAUUACUGGGUAGCCUGCUUGAUUUUUCUGCCCAGGAGCUUCAAGUUCAGCAAACUGAAGGAAUCGCUGCAGCAGCAGAUGGUGUUGCAGCGGAGGGUAUAGUGCCUAAAGAAACAAAAGUACAAGCAGAGAAAGCUGCCAAUCUCUCAAUAGUGUUGGCUGAGAAUGCAAUUGUCCUUCUGAUGCUUGUAGAAGAUCAUCUGAGGUCACGCAGUCAACAAUUUUUCAUGUCCUGUUUGGUUGAUAGUGCUGCCUCACCUGCCUCAAUGGCUUCAUCAGCUGUCAGUAGGUCAAAUUCGUUGAGUAGAACUGGAAGUGAGCAUUUGGAAGCUGGGGGCUCAAGGCAGUCUUUGUCCAGUGAUGCUGGUGGUCUUCCAGUUGAUGUUCUUGCUUCUACGGCAGAUACAAACGGGCAACUUUCUGCUGAGGUGAUGGAACGCGUAACAGCAGCAGCAGCAGCUGAGCCUUAUGGAUCUGUCAGGCAUGCAUUUGUAUCUUACGGGAGCUGUAUUUCAGAUCUUUCAGAAGGGUGGAAGUACAGAACCCGAUUGUGGUAUGGAGUAUGCAUUCCUCCCAAAUCUAAUGUGUUUGGUGGUGGGGGAAGUGGUUGGGUAUCAUGGAAAUCUGUUCUUGAGAAGGACUCCAACGGAAACUGGAUUGAACUUCCAUUAGUAAAGAAAUCAGUUUCUAUGCUGCAGGCACUUCUAUUAGAUUCUGGACUUGGGGGUUCCCUUGCUACUGGAGUUGGAUCUGGGCCUGGCGUGGGUGUUAUAGGUGCCCUUAAUCAGUUGCUAGAUAGUGAUCAGCCAUUUUUUUGCAUGCUCCGGUUGAUCCUUGUUUCAAUGAGGGAGGAUGACAGUGGGGAAGAUGACAUUUUCACUAGGAACAUUGGCAUGAAGGAUGUGAUUUCAGAAGGAUUGGGCUGUCAAUCUGGAAGCAUGCUGGCGCUUGAUGAUCACUCCAGUGCAUCUAUCAAACAACAUCCGGCUGCACUUCUGUGGAGAGUGCUUGGCCCUAUUCUAAAUAUGCCAGUUUCAGAAUCUAAGAGACAGCGAGUUCUGGUUGCUUCUUCUAUUAUUUAUUCAGAGUUAUGGCAUGCUGUAAGCAGUGACAGAAAACCAUUGAGGAAAAAGUAUGUUGGGUUGAUCAUGCCACCAUUUGCAGCUGUCGUGAAAAGAUAUCGUUCUGUUUUGGCUGGUAUACACGAGCUUACAUCUCCAGAUGGGGAAAAUCCAUUAGUUGUUGACGAUUGGUCUUCAGCAGCAGACACUUCACCUGUCGAGGUUGGAGUUUCAAUGAUAUCACCUGGCUGGGCUUCUGCUUUUGCCUCACCACCAGUUGCAAUGGCAUUGGCCAUGAUUGCUGCUGGUGCCUCUGGGACAGAAACAAUAGCACCACCAACUAAUAAGUUGCGCAGGCGUGACACCUCAUUGCUUGAGCGUAGAUCAGCUAAAUUGCACACAUUCUCAAGUUUUCAGAAGCCUACAGAUACUACACCAAGCUUGCCUACAUCAGCGCCAAAGGACAAAGCAGCUGCGAAAGCUGCAGCCUUGGCUGCUGCUCGUGACCUUGAGCGUAGUGCAAAGAUUGGUUCCAGAAGGGGCCUUAGUGCUGUAGCAAUGGCAACUUCAGGACAAAGGAGAUCUGCCGGUGAUAUUGAGAGAGCCCAAAGGUGGAACACAUCUGAUGCUAUGGGUGCUGCGUGGAUGGAGUGUCUGCAGUCUGCUGAUUCAAAAUCUGUUUCAGGAAGAGAUUUUUCUGCCCUUUCAUACAAAUAUGUUGCACUUCUUGUUUCCAGUUUCGCCUUAGCACGGAAUUUGCAGCGAGUUGAGAUGGAGAGGCGAACGCAGGUUGAAAUACUGAACCGCAGUUGCAUGUCAAUUGGACUUCGGGCAUGGCGGCAUCUUCUUCAUUGCUUGAUAGAGUCAAGUAGACUCUACGGACCUUUCGGAGAACUCCUGUGCACCCCUGAUAGUAUUUUCUGGAAGCUAGAUUUAACUGAAAGUUCAUUAAGAAUGAGAAGAUUUAUGAAAAGGAACUACAAUUGGUUGAAUCACUUGGGUGCUUUUGCUAAUUAUGGGGAGAAGAACUUUCUUUGUGAUGACCCCAAUGCAUGCCACUCAGAAGAUGGAGACUCUUUGCCUAAAAAUGUUCUUUCAACAAGUUCUUUGAUUACAGUGGAUGGAGGACAUGAACACAUUGUGCAGGGAGAAACUGAAAAUAUUUGCAGCAGCGUAGAUGAUCAACUGACAAGUUCAUCGCCACCUGAUCAGUCUUUAACAGGAUCAGUAGAUUCAAGAAGUUCUGAUUUUUCUGGUGUUCGUAACUUGGUACGAUCCACUGCUGUUGCUCCUGGUUACAGGCCUAGUAAUGAACGAAUUAUUAUUGAACUUCCUUCAACGAUGAUUCGGCCGUUGAAGGUUGUACGAGGAACCUUCCAAGUCACAUCGAAGAGGAUUAACUUUAUAGUUGAUGAGCAUAUGAGUGACAAUUACAUGGAUGAUACUGCAUCAACUAGUGGCCAAUGUGAUCAGCAAGAUAGAGAUCGGAGCUGGCUUGUAUCAUCACUUCAUCAGAUUUAUAGUAGAAGAUAUUUGCUUCGUCAAAGCGCUUUGGAAUUAUUCAUGGUAGACAGGUCAAACUUCUUAUUUGAUUUCGAGGAUGUAGGAGCACGUACACAUGCUUAUCGGGCCAUUGUUCACACCAAACCUCCUUAUUUGAACGACAUUUUCCUUGCUACCCAAAGGCCUGAGCAAAUCCUCAAACAGACACAAUUGAUGGAGCGCUGGGCUAAAUGGGAGAUUAGCAAUUUCGAGUAUUUAAUGGAACUGAACACUCUUGCUGGUCGCAGUUACAACGAUGUUACUCAGUAUCCUGUUUUUCCAUGGGUGAUAGCAGAUUACAAGUCCAAAACCUUGGAUUUGGAAAGUCCGUCCUCAUACCGAGAUCUUUCGAAGCCAAUUGGUGCACUAAAUCCUGCACGGUUGAAUAAAUUUCAAGAUCAUUACUCCAGUUUCAAGGAUCCAAUCAUCCCAAAAUUUCACUACAGUUCACAUUACUCUAGUCCUGGCACGGUAUUGUAUUAUCUUGCCAGGAUAGAGCCUUUUAGUACCCUCUCUGCUCAACUGCAAGGUGCCAAGUUUGAUCAUAAUGAUUGCAUGUUCACUGAUGUCGCCAGAACAUGGAACAGCGUUCUUGAGGGCAUGAAUGAUGUAAAGGAGCUAGUUCCAGAAUUGUUUUACCUUCCUGAGGUAUUUACUAAUGCGAACCCAAGCGGAAGGCUAGGCUCUGUAGCAUUGCCUCCCUGGGCUGAAAACCCUGUUGAUUUUAUUCAUAUACAUCGCAAAGCUCUCGAAAGUGAUCAUGUCUCUACUCGUUUGCAUGAAUGGAUCGAUCUAAUAUUCGGGUAUAAACAAAGAGGUAAAGAAGCAGUGGUAGCCAGCAACGUCUUCCCUCAUGUUACAUAUGAGGGGAUGGUGGAUAUUGAUAAAAUCACUGAUCCAGUGCAACGGCGAGCUACACAAAAUCGAAUAUCUUAUUUUGGACAGACGCCAUCUCAACUGCUGACAGUUCCACACAUAAGAAGAAGACCGUUGACAGAUAUCUUACAGUUGCAGACAAUAUUCCGGAACCCAAAUGAAGUUAGACCUUAUGCGCUGCCUAGUCCAGAUUACUGCAAUGUUCCUGCCAGUGCAAUGCUUAUAUCCAAAGAUUGUAUCGUAGUCAUAGAUUCUAAUGUUCCCACAGUACAUGUCGCGUUGCACCACUGGCAGCCAAAUACUCCAGAUGGGGUAGGGGCGCCUUUCCUCUUCCAUCAUGGAAAAAAUGCCAUAAAUUCAAGUGGUGGUGCUAUAUUUCGGAUCUUUAAAGGAUCUUCAGGUUCUACAGAAGAUUAUCAAUUUCCAAGAGCUGUAGCAUUUGCUGCGUCUGCAGUCCAAAAUUCAUCAGCUGUUGUUGUUACAUGUGACAAAGAAGUUAUAACUGGCAAGCAUGCAGAUAACUCUGUAAAGAUGAUCUCCCCUGAUGGAGCAAGGACCGUCGAAACUGCAUUUGGGCAUCUUGCUCCUGUGAGCUGUCUCGCACUAUCUGCAGACAGCAAUUAUCUUGUUACAGGGUCUCGUGACACAACAGUUAUACUUUGGAGAAUACGUCAGGUGGGUUCUUCACAUGAGAAAAAUGCUCCAGAACCUCCACCAUCUACGCCAACAACACCUACUAGUCCUGGAGCCACUGGUAGUAGCAGUGAUAGUAGUCCAAGCAAAAAUCUAGAAACCUACAGGAGGCGACGAAUCGAAGGUCCUAUGCAUAUACUAAGAGGCCAUCUUGGAGAAGUAACCUGCUGUUCUGUUAGUUCUGACCUUGGACUCGUUGCGUCGUCUUCGAGUGUGUCUGGUGUCCUGCUACAUUCCUUGAGGACAGGUCGGCUCAUAAAGAAGCUCGAUGUACCAGAAGCCCAUUCCAUAUGCUUAUCUUCUCAAGGAAUUGUAUUGAUUUGGAAUGAAUCCGAUAAAAGGCUAUCCACCUUCACUGUUAACGGAAUUCCUAUUGCUAUGUUGGUUCUGUCACCUUUCUCUGGACGAGUCAGUUGCAUUGAGAUUUCUGCAGAUGGACAGUUUGCUGUAAUGGGAACUUGUUCGGCUAGCAAUUGCAAUCAUGACAGCAGUAAUACUACAGAGGAUGAUUAUGAACUUGACAAGCCCGUUGACGAGGAUGCACAAGAAUCAAAUGAGACCAGGCUAUCUGUUGAUGCACCCUCCGUAUGCCUCCUUGAUCUAUACAAACUUGAGGUAAUUCAUGCGCUGAAGCUGGGAGAAGGGCAGGAUGUCACGGCACUCGCUCUAAACAAAGAGAACACCACCCUUCUGGUUUCAACAGCUAAUAAGCAGCUAAUAGUCUUCACGGGUCCUGCUGCAAAUAACCCAAGUGCUAGUGCACUAUAGAUAAUCACGAGCUCUUCAGAACCUGACUGGCAAAUGUACCAGAGAUCAGCGCUAAGCUACCUUGAAGGCCCGGUUGACAGUGAGCUUGAAGAUGGCAGACAAAUCAGUGUCGCACGAAAGGGAUGGGCUUCUCGAGCCGUGAGCGAUAGCGGCUAACUUGCAUAGGCUCCAGAGGACUCUGCUGUAAGAUGUACAGGUUGGGGAACCUGAAUGGACGAUGUGUGUACAUAAAGGAGAAGAGCUGCAGCAUGACCCUGUUUCGCGUUGUGGUGCUGCUGGUCCAGAAAAAAAAACUUCGGAUCAUGGACCUUGCCAUCCUUAAACGCGAGAAGGAUCCUACGCGUCUGUGUUGCGGCCUAGAGAUUUGUUAGGAGCUAAAGUCCAAAUGUAAUUAUUGUAGUAGUGUCUCUGCUAAAUCGCAUUAGUUGUGUUGGGUGCAGCAGCGAGCUGGCAUGCAUUGUUGUCAGCUGCAUCCGUGUACAGAAUGUCGUCCAGGAAAUUGACCGUGUCUCUUUCGACUUGCACACGCAA